AUGGCGUCGACGACCCCGAAACCCCUCACAGUGCUUGUCAUCGGCGUUGGCCAGAUGGGCAGCAGUCAUCUUCUGGCAUACCAUCAGAGCCCACACUUUCACGUUGUUGGCGUAUUGACACGCAAUGUUCCCGAAUUACCUGUUGAACUGAAAGAAUACAAAAGCCUCCACUUUAUAGAUCUCGAGUCGGCGCUUGCACUAAAGCCCGACAUUGUGGCCAUCAACACCCAUACCGAUAGCCAUGCACACUAUGCGAUGGCGGCUAUGGAGGCGGGAGCGCAUGUAUUUGUGGAGAAACCUCUUGCGUCAACCCUUGCAGAGGCGCAGCGAGUGGUGGAUGCCGCGAAGCGGGUACACAAGAAGCUUGUGGUUGGCUACAUCUUGAGACAUCACCCAAGUUGGGCCGAGUUUAUCAAGCAAGCCCGCCUCCUCGGUCCGCCCUACGUCAUCCGUAUUAGUCUGAACCAGAAGUCCCGCGGCAAACUCUGGGACAUUCAUCAGCGAGUCCUAAAAGAUAACAGUCCAAUCGUUGACUCAGGAGUUCAUUAUGUAGAUGUGAUGCUUCAGAUUACGAAGAGCCGACCGGUCCAGGUCCGAGGUAUGGGUGUGCGUCUGGCCCAUGAUCUUGGACAAGACGAAGUCAACUAUGGGCAUCUACAGAUCACUUUUGCUGAUGGUUCCGUUGGUUGGUACGAAGCUAGCCUAGGUCCCAUGAUAUCAAAAAUUGGAUGCACCAUUAGGGAUGUCAUGGGGCCCAAGGGCUCGGUAUCUAUGAUUCAGGACGACCAGCCUGGCUCUGCAGCAAUGGAGAAAGUGACUAGAUCAGCCAGCAUCCGGGUGGCAAGUGUUGACGGAGGUGAGAAAGAUCUCUCCAUGUUAAAUGAGCCAAGUUUCGCCGAGCUUUGUGCCCGACAGCAAGCGUUUUUGCUGAACGCUAUCCGGGGCGACUGGGAUCUUUCUCAACAUAUGGACGAUGCCGUACAAUCCCUUGCUGUUGCCAUUGCGGCAGAGACAUCGAGAAAAGAAAACAAUGCUGUAGAUCUAUGA